AUGCAGGUUGCGAGAAAUCCGGGAAAGACUAAAUAUUGUUACGCAUGUUAUACCUCAACUGAUUCUGUUCACGGCCUUGAAGACUGCGAAAUGGAAAGUUGGAGAAAUGCACUCAUGUCUCUUGGUUGGGUCAUCUACCUCAAUUUGGCCUACUUGGCUUUCUCCUUUCUCAUCACAGUGUGUAUUGUUCUGGCUUCAAGUAUUUCUGUAUUUGGUAGUUCAACGGCUACGCAACUGACCCAGCAACGACAGCAUAGUGUUCUCUACACCGGUGGUGGGAAUUUGGAUCCCUCAAUGAAAGUGUUUGAGGAGGUACCUUCUUUGGUAGCCACUAACCCAUCUCUCUUUCACUCCCUUGUUCCAUCAUUGGCCAUCAAACCGAGCGCUUCCAGACCUCAACAUGAUAGUGACAAACUACCACUUGACGAAGUGAAAAAUGCUGAUGAAUUCUCGGGUCCUCUAUAG